AUGACGAACCAACAAGACCCUUGGAACAGCCAACAGCGUCCGUUAGGACAGCAGUUCAACCGCCAGCACCCACCUGUUUUGCCUCCUCCUGCCACUUUGGAGACUGGAGGACAAUCGUUCUACCCCCUCCACAGCUUGCCUAGCUUGGGGAACGGCACGGGCCACCCCCCUGGCCAUGGCUUCAACAUCCCCUCCAUCAACACAUCCAACGAUGUUGCCAUCAAUCAACAACACGAUCCAUCGAGACAGAACGAGCUCCGCAGGCCCUCGGCCGUGCUAGGCACUCCUGGAGCUCAAUUGCCGCUUCCUGGAUCCAUUUCCGCCACCUCUGAACAGCAGCAGCCUCCAUCACAACAACCGCAACAGCCCCAUCAACAGUCCCACCACGCGCCUGCGGUCCCACAACAGCCUGUGGGCCCACAAUCGCAGGUCCCUCUGGGUGUGCCAAACAGGGCCUCGGUCUCCAACGUGUACAGACCGUUAAACGUCAAGGAUGCGUUGUCUUACUUGGAUCAAGUCAAAAUCCAAUUCUACAAUCAGGCAGACGUGUAUAAUAACUUCCUUGACAUCAUGAAGGAUUUCAAGUCCCAAAGUAUCGACACCCCAGGCGUAAUUGAUCGGGUGUCCACUUUGUUCAAGGGCCACCCCAACUUGAUUCAAGGGUUUAACACGUUCUUGCCUCCUGGCUACAGGAUUGAGUGUUCUCUUGACCCUUCAGACCCCAAUCCCAUCAGAGUCACCACUCCAACUGGAACCACCACGAGACCAAACAUCCACGGUGGCUCCUACGGUCAAAGAUGGGGAAGCGAGAGCCAAGAACAACAACAGACUGUGGGCCAAUUUGCCCAUGAGCAACAGGUUCUUCAACAGCAGCAACAGCAAAACGGAGGUGGCCAAAUUGAGUUCAACCACGCUAUCUCCUAUGUGAACAAGAUCAAGACCCGGUUCGCAAAUCAACCUGACAUUUACAAACAGUUCUUGGAGAUUUUGCAAACUUACCAAAGAGAACAGAAGCCUAUUGGUGAGGUCUAUGAGCAAGUCACGGUGUUGUUCUCCAACUCUCCAGACUUGUUGGAUGAUUUCAAGCAGUUCUUACCAGAUACUAGCAACCAAGGUUACCAGGCCCAGGAGGGCACGUUUGCUCAAGCAAACGGCACCUCUCAAUUACCACCGGUGGGUAAUUUCCAACCUCCAACAGGUACUAGUGGCUUAAGCCCUAACGGCUCUCAACAACAUGCCCAAGGUGCCGGAUACCCUCCUAAUGGUGGUGCAGAUGUUAAUGCAAUUGCUCAUGAUCAGCUCCUUCCUAACAAAAAGAAGUCUAUUUCAGACGCAUAUGCCUAUGAAAAUAAUUACAACCAAGAAGCACAGGUCUCGAGCAUGCGUUCCGCCAACCAGCCUAGAGCCAAGUCUGUCACUGGUGCUGGUAUCAAGAAUGGUACUGUUACCACUAUUGUGAAUCCUACUCUUGUGCCAGGCAUUCCUGAGCCAGUACCACCAUCUGCGUCCGUGAAAUCUUCAUCCUUACUGGAGGAGCUUUCAUUCUUUGAUAAGGUCAAAAAAGCUAUUGGCAACAGACAGAGUUACAACGACUUCUUGAAGAUAUUGAACUUAUACUCUCAAGAUAUUAUUGAUAAGCGUACGUUGGUUGAACGUGCUGAUAGCUUCUUGGGUGAUUCGCAUCCUGAAUUACUCAACUGGUUCAAAAUGUUUGUUGGAUACGAGGAUAAACCACAGAGCAUUGAAAAUAUUACCUUCAAAAAGCAUCAAUUGGAAUUGUCAUUGUGUAAGGCAUACGGUCCUUCCUAUAGACAAUUACCAAAGGCUGAGACUUUUAUGCCUUGCUCAGGAAGGGAUGAGAUGUGCUGGGAAGUAUUGAAUGAUGAAUGGGUUGGUCAUCCAACCUGGGCAUCUGAAGAUUCUGGUUUUAUUGCUCAUCGUAAGAAUCAAUAUGAGGAAAUUCUCUUCAAGAUUGAGGAAGAAAGAUUGGAAUUCGAUUAUUACAUGGAGUCUAAUUUGAGAACAAUCCAACCCUUGGAAACUAUCGCUAAUAGAAUUGCAAACAUGACACCAGAACAAAAGGCUAACUUCAAACUUCCUCCCGGUUUGGGCCACAACUCCACCACCAUCUACAAAAAGGUUAUCAGAAAAAUCUAUGAUAAAGACAGAGGAUUCGAGGUUAUCGAUGCCUUGCAUGAAAACCCUGCCGUUGCAGUUCCAAUUGUUUUGAAAAGAUUGAAGCAAAAGGAUGAAGAGUGGAAGCGUGCACAAAGAGAGUGGAACAAAGUUUGGCGUGAAAUGGAACAAAAGGUGUUCCACAAAUCAUUGGACCACCUUGGUUUGACCUUCAAGCAAGCCGACAAAAAGUUAUUAACUGUUAAGCAGUUAGUUAGUGAAAUCAGCACUGUCAAGGUUGAACAGCAAAACAAGAGACUUCAUCCAUUAACACCAAAGCCUCAAGAACAGUUGAACUACGUAUUCAACGAUCAUGAAGUGUUGAUGGAUAUUUUGAGAUUAGCAGAUGUGUUUAUCUUCAAAUCUUCUAACUACUCAGCUAACGAUCGUGAAAAAUUAGGACAGUUUUUUCAAUCCUUCGUAUCUUUAUUCUUCGGAAUUUCAAAUGAGACCAUCGACAAAUCUUUAUCUGCCAGAGGUAAAGCUGAUAAGUCUGAAGAAGAGGAGGAAGGAUCUAGCAAUGAGUCUAAUGAUAGUUCAGAACCUCAGCAAGCUUCGAAGAAACGUGGUCGUGAAAAUGACUUAUUGCGUGAUGUGUUGAAAAAGCAAUCGAAAUCGAAGAAGGAGAACGACAGCGAUGUUCCAGAAAGCAAUGCCAAUGACUCCGAUGAACAAGAGUUUGCAGAAAACCUUGAUAGAUCUAGUGAGUUGUGGAUUAAGACCGCUAACACUAAGUUCAACUUGAAAGAUGAACAGCAGAAUGAUCAAAAACGUGAAAAGUACAAUUUGUUCUGUAAUACCACCAUUUACGUGUUUUUCAGACACUUAAGAACAUUGUACGAGCGUUUAGAGGAAAUUAAGAGCAUGAACAAAGAAGUUGGGAAGGAGAUCAGAAGUCGCAAAACUCCACAGUUUGCUAAAGACUUGAAUUUACUUUCACAUCAACUCGAGGACAUGGGAGUGGAGAUUGUUGGAUCCAAGGAUUGUUACUUGCAAGUCUUGGACUUGUCCGAGAAGUUGAUUGAAGGUGAAGUUGAGCAUCAAUGGUUCGAGGAGUCAUUGCGUCAAGGAUACAGAAACAAGGCUUACAGAAUUUAUACCAUUGAUAAGGUCGUUCAGGCCAUGGUAAAGCACAUGCAUACCAUGGUGUCAGACAGUAAGACUUCGGAUAUGAUCGUUUUGUUUGAAGGUGAUAGAUCAAACCCAACUUCAACUGCCAAAGACCAAAUCUUGUAUCGUAUGAAGGUCAGAUCAUUAAUGGCAUCAGAUGAAAAUAUGUUCAAAAUUUCUUUCAAGGAAGCUGAUAAUUCUGUCAAUAUUCAAUUUGUUAGUCUUGAUGAUCUCACGAUCAAUGAUCAUGAAAAUUCUGAGGAGCAAUACAACUACUAUGUGACAAGCUUUGUCAUGUCUCAUCCUACUGAAGGUGUUGCUGCCUCAAAAAUCAACAUGCCCUUCGCAAGAUCAUUCAUCGAGAGUGUGGAUGAAGAUCAAUGUGACGGCCGUGUCAGCUCUGGCUUGAAGGUUUCUGUUUGUGAGAACUCAUACAGGUUAUUCUUUGAAGCCAAUACACUGGACGAGUUUACCUCAAAUGCUGUCUUUUCUAAACAACCAGCGGAAGUCAAGACUAAGGAAGAAAAGGUGGAGUCCUUAAAAGCAUUGAUCGAUGGUGCCGAUGGAUGGAAGAAAACUUUGGAUGGCGAUCAAGAUGGUGACUUUUUGCAAGAAAAAACCCAGACCUUGUUCGACAAAGGAUUUCAAGCCUACAAAGAUUUUAGCAAGGAUGGAGACGUUGAAAUGAAAGACGCCGAGGAGGAACAAACACAAGUCGCUGCUGCCGUAUCCAAGGAGGAAGCUGCGGUUCCCGAACCUUCCAAGCCAAUUGUUCAUGAUGCCGAUUCUACUGUCAUUCAGGACAACAACGAUACCACUAUUCACCAGGAUGCUAAUGAUACUACGAAUGAUGAGACUACUGUCAACCAGGACGAUGCGUCGAUGAUUGGUGAAGUCCAAACUGAAACUACUUCAGCCCCUUCAGAAUCUGCUAAAAAGCCCGAUAGCGAUUAA